AUGUCAAAUAGAACAGAGGUUGCUAAGUGGAAAGAAGCUUUACUCAUGGCUGCCAACUUAUCUGGAUGGGAUCUCCAAGACAUGGCAAAUGGGUUUGAGUCCAAAUUCAUUGCUAGCAUCUCGGAAGAAAUCUUCAAAGCAUUAUCUCAUGAAUCUUUGCAUGUUGGCGAGAAUCUUGUAGGGGUGGAUGCACGCAUAAAGAAAAUGAACUUGUUACGAUUUGUUGGGUCARAUAAGGUACACAUGAUAGGGAUAUGUGGUAUUAGUGGAAUAGGAAAGACAACCCUWGCCAAAGCUAUUUAUAACUCGAUGUGUAUCCACUUUGAGGAAUGUAGCUUUUGUGAAAAUAUCCAAGGAGUCGCUAAGCAACAAGGUCUAACUCAAGUCCAAAUGCAACUUAUUGGUAAAAUCAUGAAAGCAAGAGUUGUAGAGAUAUCAAGUGUUAGUGAAGGAAUUAUGGUAAUAAAGCAAAGGAUGCCAACGAAGCCAAUCCUACUUGUUCUAGAUGAUGUGGAUCAUCGCGAUCAGUUAGAAGCACUAGCGGGUUCACCUGUUUGGUUUUUCCYAGGAAGUUUUAUUAUUUUCACCGGUGAUGACAAACAGUUGCUAAGAUCUCAUAGAGUCGAUGAAAUUUAUGACAUGUCAAUUUUAACACAUUAUGAAGCUUAUGAGCUCUUUAGUUUGUAUGCUUUUGGGGAAAAACAUCCGCCAAAAGAUAUCAAAGAGCUCUCUUAUCAAGUUGUAUACUGUUUGCAAGGGCACCCUUUGGCUCUCAAAGUUUUGGGUUGUUUUUUGUAUGACAAGCCUAUGGAUGUGUGGAAAAGUGAACUAGAUGAACUUAGAACAUAUCCUGAUGUAGAGAUACAACAAAAACUGCGACCAAGUUUUGAUGGGCUAGACCUCAAUCGAAGAAGGACCUUUCUUGACAUCGCAUUCUCAUUCGUAGGGGAAGAUAAAGAUUUUGUGGCAAGUGUACUAGGCAAAGACAAUUCCUUUGCAUAUGCUGAUUUGGAAGUACUAGUUAACAAGUCACUUAUUACAAUAUMACGAGAUGAUAAUUCACUUCAAAUGCAUUGCUUAAUUCAAAGCAUGGCAAGGAGAAUUAUACUUGAAGAAUUAGAGGUAAAGGAAGUCGGGAGCAGACUAUGGAAUUUAUCAGUAGUUUCUAAUGUAUUGAGCAAAAAUAAGGCAAUAGAAGCAGUCGAAGUUCUUGACCUUUUUCUCACAAGAUCUAGUAAAAACAUUCAUAUACACGGUGAAGCUUUCGAAGAUAUGGAAAAUCUACGGAUCCUAAAAAUUUGUGAAGUAGAACGUGGAAACUUUUGGAAGGACUCUAAGGUGAAUUAUUCUGGAAGGUUGAAAUCCUUAUCGAAUAAGCUAAGGUUGCUUUAUUGGUAUGGAUUCCCUUUCAAGUUCCCUUCAGAUUUUUAUCCAGAAAACAUUGUUGCCAUCGACUUGUCUUACAGUCACAUAAAAACUCUAUGGACAACACCUAAGUGUUUUGGAAGGUUGAAAGUGAUGAAGCUAAGGCAUUGUCGUAACCUGACAAAUACCCCUAAUUUCACAAGGAUUACGAAUCUCGAAGAGCUAWGUCUUGAAGGUUGUGUGAAUUUGGUUAAAUUGCACCCAUCUUUUGGAAUGCUCAAGAGGCUGCUUGUUCUAAAUAUGAGAUGUUGCRAACGUUUUAGGGGAUUCCCUUGCAAAGUCGAAAUGGAAUCUCUUGAAGUUUUGGAUCUCUCGGGUUGCUCAAAAGUGGACAAACUUCCGGAAUUCUUCGGCAACAUCCAGACUUUGAGGGAGUUUUCUGUUGAUGGAACGGCCAUAACAGAGCCAAUACAACCUUCAAUGCCUGAUAGCAUUGGAGGCUUAUCAUGUCUAGAAUCUCUAAACUUGGAUGGGAACAACUUUACUAGUUUGCCUGGAUGUUUAACUCAACUUUCUCAUCUUCAACAUCUUCAACUUUCUGGUUGCAAGAAGCUGGAAGUGUUGCCAGAACUUCCACCUAGCCUUCGUAGUCUUUCUGCAGAGGAUUGCACAUCCUUGCGUGAAGUACAAAGACCAGUUGGUUAYAAUAUUAAGUCAUACUUAGCCAUUUAUCUUAACAUCUGUCCGAAAUUAUUUAGGAAUCUUAGAAUUGAAAACCAGGUUUGUCUGAUGCAACCUCUACCUAAUCUUAACUCAUCUAUAACCUCCCACAGUUGUAGAAACCAAAUUUCCUCUUUGCUUCAAUUUAUGGAAUUCCCGAGUAACACAUGUGGAAUCUUCCGUAGAAAAGAAAGACAAUUCUACGGUCGUGACCGUUUGGAUAUAAUAUAUCAUGGAAAUAGAAUUCCACAAUGGUUUACAAAUACAAGUAUGGGAAAUCACUUACAAGUCGAAUUGCCUCCAAAUCUGUGCUACAAUAAGGUGAGGGGAUAUGGAAUUUCUGUUGUUUUGACACCGAAAAAGUCUUAUGGUCAUGAAGAUUACCACAAAUACUAUACACCAAAGUAUUAUGUGGACAACUUUGAUGGUACAUUUUUGGUUAAGCAUUGUGCAUUCUACCAUUACUCCAUUGGAAUCCCUAAGUCAGAUGUCAUAUGGUUUUGCUUUAUGAAUGUGGAAUAUUGGGAAUGGACGGAAGCGAAGAAYUUUGUUACUUUUUCAUUCAGAGAUAAUAAUGAUGUCAAGGUAAAAGAGUGUGGUGUAAGACUUGUUUUUGAUGAAGAUAUACAAAACGAAGAAACGGAUUUCAGUAUCACUCGGGAACUCYCGAAUCCAACACAAGAUGGAGGUGCCUUCAGAAUAAGUAGGAAUGGUCAAGGUUUGUUUUGGUCGUGGUAG